AUGAAUUCUCAAGCACCGUCUUCUUUGAAGCUCGCGGCCAACGUUGCCUCGUCUUCGGUACCACCGCAGGACAGCCAUAGUGUCGUAGCUCCUGGGUUCAGGUUCCGUCCAACUGAACAAGAAUUGAUCUUGUAUUAUUUAGGGCGAAAAGUGCUUGGACUACCCUUAUACACUAAUGUUGUUCCUGAUAUUGACAUCUACAAAUUUGAGCCCCAUGAAGUACCAGAAAAAGUUGGAGGAGACCUCGAGUGGUAUUUCUUCAGUAAGCUGGACAAGAAAUACGAGACAGGAGUGAGAGUGAAUCGAUCUACCAAAAGGGGGUAUUGGAAGGUAACCGGGCCCGAACACAAAAUCAAGUACGGCACCCAAGUGAUCGGCCAAAAGAGGUUUCUCGUGUAUUAUGCCGGGCAAACGAAGGUGGGGAGGCGGACCGACUGGGUGAUGCACGAGUAUCGACUGAUGGAUGCAACGCUCCAAGUGCCCCAAGCCAGGGACGUCUACGUAGUCUCCAGGUUGUUUUGGAAAGGCAACUCCGAGGAGGAGGGAGACCAAGUUCAUGACGACACCGUUGCCCCGGCCGAUGUGGCUCUUCAGCCUUUGGCGGAACUUGGAUCGGACGAAAUGGCGCCGGCCGCUUACGCCCGGGUUAUUCGCAAACGAUCCCCACGUAAAACUCUUGAUCUCCUGACCAAUUUCGACGGCGAGGGACGGUACGAAAACUUGGAGGAGACUUCAUCCGCGAGGGAAGAUGCACCGACCCAUCCGGUCAAGAGACCCAGAAAUGCUGAAGCUAAUGGCCCGCAAAAUCUUUCCCCGGGAGAUCAAGAACCGAACAGCUCAAAUUCUGUGGCGGGAGCUGUACCAUCACUGACGUUGAGCUUGGCAUGCCCGGCAUCGAAAACAGCACCUGAGCAACAAGAACAGCGACAAAUAGCAAUGCCGGAACCAGUUCCCCAGCAAGCCGUGGAGCCACCAUGGAGGACAACUGUUCAAACCUCGCCAAACAGCACCCGAGCAACAGCAGCCGAGCAACGAGGACAGCGACGAAUAGCGAUACCGCAACCAGUUCCCCAGCAAGCCGUGGAGCCACAGCAAACAACAGCCGUUCAAACCUGGCCAGAGAUUCGUUUAACCAUCGAGAGGGAAACCGUCAAGCGCCAGACUUCGGAGGACCAAUGUGUCAAAGACGUUUAA